CGCCGGCCACCGGGCGCGGCCCCGGGAGGAUGGAGGGCGGCGCCGGGGGGCCCGGGGGCUCCGACAGCCCCAACCGGGCCGUGGAGUACCUGCUGGAGCUCAACAACAUCAUCGAGAGCCAGCAGCAGCUGCUGGAGAGCCAGCGCCGCCGCAUCGAGGAGCUGGAGGGCCAGCUGGACCAGCUGAGCCGGGAGAACCGCGACCUCCGGCAGGAGAGCCAGAUGCACCGGGGGGACCUCCACGCCCACCGCGACCUGCCCCCGCUGCCCCGGGACAACCCCGCCCGGGAGCCGCCCAACCACGCCGCCGCCCGGGAGAGCCAGUAUCAGAACCUGCGGGACACCCAGUUCCACCACCGGGAGCUGCGGGAGAGCCAGCUGCACCGGGAGGGCGCCUUCCAGGCCCGCGAGGCCUUCUACCGGGAGCGGGACAAGGAGCGGGACCCGCGCUAUCCCGGCCGGGACCCCGCCUAUCCCGGCCGGGACCGCGACGGGGGCCAGUGCCAGCUGCACCGGGAGAACCAAGCCCAGAGCCGGGAGAGGAGCGGGCGGGAGGGACCCCCCCCGGCCCACCCCAACCGGGACAAGGAGCCCGCCGCCUACCCGCCCGGACCCCGGCUCCCCCGGGAGCGGGAGCGGGGCCAGAUGAGCCGGGGAGCCUCCAGGAGCUCCAGCCCCGGGGCUGGCGGGGGCCACAGUACCAGCACUAGCACCAGCCCGGCCACCACCCUGCAGAGAAAGUCUGAUGGUGAGAAUUCCCGAACUGUCAGUGUGGAGGGAGAUGUCCAGGGCGGUGACUUGGGCCCCGUGGGGGAUAGCCCAGGCAGCCAGCCCCCCUACCGCUGCAGUGAGCUGGGAAAGGGAGCCGACCCCUACGACCUGCCGCCACCCGCCUCUCACAUGCCCGGCCCACCCGGCGGUCUGCCCUGGGCCCAGCGGGCCCGCCUGCAACCUGCCAGUGUGGCCCUGCGCAAGCAGGAGGAGGAGGAGAUCAAACGUUCGAAGGCCCUGUCCGACAGCUAUGAACUCUCCACAGACCUGCAGGACAAGAAGGUGGAGAUGCUGGAGCGGAAGUACGGGGGCUCCUUUCUCAGCCGGCGAGCAGCCCGCACCAUCCAGACCGCCUUCCGCCAGUACCGCAUGAACAAGAACUUCGAGCGGCUGCGCAGCUCGGCUUCCGAGAGCCGCAUGUCCCGCCGCAUCAUCCUGUCCAACAUGCGCAUGCAGUUCUCCUUCGAGGAGUACGAGAAGAGUCAGAACGCCGCGUACUUCGAGGGCAAGCCCGCCUCGCUGGACGAGAGUGCCAUGUCCGGGGCCCGCACCCACCGGCUGGAGCGGGGCCUCCCCUAUGGUGGCUCUUGCGGCGGCAUCGACGGGGGCAGCUCCAUCACCACCUCGGGGGAGUUCUCCAACGACAUCACCGAACUCGAGGACUCCUUUUCCAAGCAGGUGAAGUCCCUGGCCGAGUCCAUCGACGACGCCCUAAACUGCCACGCGCUCCACGGGGACGAAACCCGGGAAGGCCCGGGACCUCUGGAGAAGAGCGAAUCCAAAGAACAGCACGAAGACAGUACAGCCACUUCCUUUAGCGACGUGACCCUCUACCUGGACGAGGGCGUCCCCCCAUCUCCCCUGUCCCUGGAGCGGCCCCCGAGCGCCGAACCGGCCGAGCCUCCGGCCCCCCCGCCCCGGCCCGAAUACUGGGCCCCGCCGCCGGCCCGAGAGGACAGCCGCGAGAACGGCAGCCGGAGGAGCACGCCCUGCAUGGAGUGCCGGGACUUCCGACUCCGGGGGGCCCACCUGCCCCUCCUCACCAUCGAACCCCCCAGCGACAGCUCGGUGGACCUGAGCGACCGCUCCGACCGGGGCUCGCUCAAUCGGCAGCUGGUGUACGAACAGGACAACUGCAGCCCCCACGGGACCCUCAAGCUGAAGGGGCCGCCCGCCCGCCCCCCGCACCCCCACCGUCACUACCACCCCCAGCAGGAGACCCCCGCCCCGCCGCCCCCGGGCCCCCCGCCGGCCCCCGCGCCCAUCAACAGUGCCCCCGGGGCCGGCGGCGGGCCCGGGGGAGGAGGCGGGGGCGGCCGGCUGCUCAACAAGUGCGAGGCGGGCGAGAACUCGGACGGGGACAACGACAGCCUCAACAGCACCACCAACUCGAACGAGACCAUCAACUGCAGCUCCGGCUCCUCGUCUCGGGACAGCCUGCGGGAGCCCCCGGCCCCGCUCUGCAAGCAGACCUACCAGCGCGAGACCCGCCAUAGCUGGGACUCCCCAGCUUUCAACAACGACGUGGUUCAGCGGCGCCAGUACCGCAUCGGCCUCAACCUCUUCAACAAGAAGCCAGAGAAGGGCAUCCAGUAUCUGAUCGAGCGGGGUUUCCUGUCAGACACACCCGUCGGGGUGGCCCACUUCAUCUUGGAGCGCAAGGGCUUGAGUCGCCAGAUGAUCGGAGAGUUCCUGGGAAACCGCCAGAAGCAGUUCAACCGCGACGUGCUCGACUGCGUGGUGGAUGAGAUGGACUUCUCCUCCAUGGACCUGGAUGAUGCCCUGCGUAAGUUCCAGGCACAUAUUCGGGUGCAGGGUGAGGCCCAGAAAGUGGAGCGACUCAUUGAGGCUUUCAGCCAGCGAUAUUGUGUGUGUAACCCUCCCCUGGUGCGCCAGUUCCGGAACCCAGACACCAUCUUCAUCCUGGCCUUCGCCAUCAUCCUGCUCAACACCGAUAUGUACAGCCCCAGCGUCAAGGCCGAGCGCAAGAUGAAGCUGGAUGACUUCAUCAAGAACUUGAGAGGAGUGGACAAUGGGGAAGACAUUCCCCGGGACCUCCUGGUGGGCAUCUACCAACGCAUCCAGGGCCGAGAGUUACGCACCAAUGACGACCACGUGUCCCAGGUGCAGGCUGUGGAGCGCAUGAUUGUGGGCAAGAAGCCGGUGCUGUCUUUGCCUCACCGGCGCCUGGUCUGCUGCUGCCAACUCUACGAGGUCCCCGAUCCCAACCGGCCCCAGCGCCUCGGCCUGCACCAGCGUGAGGUCUUCCUGUUCAAUGACCUCCUUGUGGUGACGAAGAUCUUCCAGAAGAAGAAAAUCCUGGUGACCUACAGCUUCCGUCAGUCCUUUCCACUUGUGGAAAUGCAGAUGCAGCUCUUUCAGAACUCCUAUUACCAGUUUGGCAUCAAGCUCCUGUCGGCCGUGCCAGGCGGGGAGCGGAAGGUCCUCAUCAUCUUCAACGCGCCCAGCCUCCAGGACCGGCUCCGCUUCACUUCUGACCUGCGCGAGUCCAUCGCCGAGGUGCAGGAGAUGGAGAAGUACCGUGUUGAGUCGGAGCUGGAGAAGCAGAAGGGGGUGAUGCGACCCAACGCUUCGCAGCCGUCCGGCCCCAAGGACACAGUCAAUGGGGCGCUGCCCCGCAGCAGCCUGGAGGACACCUACGGGCUGGGGGACGGGCUCAAGCGCAGCACCCUGAGCAGUUCACUGCGGGAUCUGUCAGACGCAGGGAAGCGGGGGCGGCGUAACAGCGUGGGAUCGCUGGACAGCACCAUCGAAGGGUCUAUUAUUAGCAGUCCCCGCCCCCACCAACGGAUGCCACCGCCUCCACCACCUGAGGAGUACAAGAGCCAGCGGCCCGUCUCCAACUCCUCCUCCUUCCUGGGCUCCUUGUUUGGCAGCAAGCGCGGGAAGGGGCCCUUCCAGACGCCUCCCAGUCAGGCCUCGGCCUCCUCCUCGUCGGCCUCUUCUUCCCACCACCCCCACCACGCCCAUCCCCACCACCUCCACGGGCCUGGCCCGCUGGGGGACGGCCAGUCCAAAAUCCAGGCGCUGCAUGCCCAGUAUUGCCACGGUCAGGGGCCCGCCCCGCCUCCCUACCACCAGCCUCCGCUGCCUCCCCCUCCCCAGCAGCCUGCCCCGCUUCCCCAGCAGUCGGUCAUCCCCCCGCCGCCAGCCUCCGCCCCGCCCGUGGGGCCUCAUCGCUACCACGGGCAGGGCCCCCCGGCGCCCCAGCACUUUACGCUGGGGCGGGUGGGGCGGGCGGCCAAGCGGGGGGGAGCCGCCCCGGCCUCCUCCCACCCCCAGUUUGCUCUGCAUGGGCGCCAUCCUCUCAAUCAGCCCACCUCCCCCCUGCCCCUGUACAGCCCCGCGCCCCAGCAUGCCCUGAGCCAUACUUACCCUCAGCACCUCCACCAGGCCCCCGGCCCGCCCCCGGGCCACUCCAUACACAAGCAGGGGCCCAAGCACUUUAUCUUCAGCCACCACCCCCAACUGAUGCAGCAGCAGCACGGCGGGCACCCAGGGCAACGCCAGGCAGGCGGCCCCUACGCCGCCCACGCCCACUCGCAUCCCCACCACCCCCAGUCCCCGCUCUCGCCCCACUCGCCCAUUCCCCCGCACCCUUCUUACCCGCCCUUGCCUCCGCCCUCGCCUCACACCCCCCUCACUCCUCACACCCCGAUGACCCCCCACUCUCCGGUGCCCCCAACUUCCCCUCACGCCCCGCAUGCCCCUCUGCAUGGCGUGGGGCCGACGGGACUGGCCAAUCCGCCCACCGCCAACCCCAAGCCCAAACCGGUCAACAGAAUCAGUACCGUAGUCUGAGCAGCCCCAGGGUCGCCCUUUGACCUAGGGGAAGAAGACCUCUGACCUCUGAAACCGUUCCUUUUCCAAAUAGAUAUUCAGGGAUUUUAUAUAAAUAUAUAGAAUAUAUUUAUUUAUAUAAAAAUCUCUGAAUUUUAUACCCAUAUAGAAAAUCUCCCAGGACACACUGAUAGACACAUCCUCGACUGUUGGGGUAGGCGGUCAGGCAUGGCUAAACUCAGCCCCCACAGGGUUCUCAUUUCUCCCCCCCGCCCUUCCCGACUUGCCCGCUGUCCUCUCUUCUAGGCCAGUUUGAGACGAGGAGCAGUUUUUCCUGCCCCUUCUUCUCUCCUCUCCUCUGUGAAAUCUUACUCAGAUCCAGCCCAGGGUCCCCUGAUCCCCUGGAAGGCCUACGGGGCAGAGUGACCAGAGCCGAACGAGAUUCUUCAGGAGCAAACGGACACAGUUCAGCACAUUGACAGGAUGAGGAACCGGACGGAACACGUGGCUGGGCGGGAACACGCCUUCGGCCUUCUGCCCUCUCUGCCCUUCUUUUUGGUGUUGCUUGACUCUACAACCAGCAGGGACCUCCUCCACCCUUGCCUCACCCUGUGUGUUUGUUCGUUUGGUUUUUUUUCUUUUCCCCCCUCGGGGAGGCCCAAAAUGUGGCGAUGCCGGGGAGCGGAGGAAGGGCCGGCUUUCAGUGUAGCUGCCGCGUAAGGCUGAGAGAAUCCCGUGGAGGGGAGGUUAGGGUCCAGGGUGCAGCCGCCUGCACCGUACUCCGACCUCCCUAGCCCUCAAAGCUGUUCAAGCCCCCUGAUUGUAAAUUUGGCUUAUCUCUGGGAAGUGGGGGAUAGGGCGUCUACCGUGUGUGGUAUAUCCUGCCCGGGGUACAUAACUAAGUAUAUGCAGUAGAACAGGCACUCUCAGCAACCACCUCAGGUUGGUAAAAGGAUUCGUGUGGACAUGUAUGUGUAUGCGUAUGGACUCCCACCCUUCCCCAAAACCCACCCAUCCACUCACCCUUGGCCCCAGCCAGGACGGGGGACGGACGGACACUCACACUCCCUUACACCCCCCUUCCCGCCCCCCUUAUGCCCUAGCCGGCCAACCGACGUACAUGCGUUUGUGCUUACGUUCAAAUGCUGCUCUCUCUAGAGGGUGGCGUGAACGAAUCGUCCAACCGCCCCCCGCCAUUCCCCUUUGCCUCCAUUCUCCUUUCCCACCAGCUGCUGCAGCCGCAGAUUUGGAGCUGGAUUCGGAAGCGAUGCAAAGAAGUCCCUUUGACUUCUUCCUUGAUACCCCUUUCUUCCUCCCCUUCAUCCCUCUGUUCAGUUUCCUAGGAAGGAGCAGCAGCCAUUGACUCUGGGCCUUGCCUCCUGAUCCCUCAGUAUUUUUGGUGGGCAGGCCAGGAGCUGCCAUUUUGCACAUGGUCAGGAAGACGGUGGGGGCACCAAGGAGGAAAAGGGGUAGAGUCGGCGUUCUUCCUUUCCCGGGAGGGCUGAGGAAGCAGCGCGGGGCCAGGUUGUUCCUCGGCUCUUGCCGGUAACACAUUAAGGGCUACCCGACUGGAGGAGGGGAGAGGGAGGAGGCUGGCCUGGGGAGGGCUGAAUUUGGAACUCGGUGGAACUGAAGCCUUUUUCUUCCUCUCCUUCGGCCGACCUCAAUGAGGCCCUUAGGGUUUAGGGGAUGGCCUGACGACCCCUCCAUCGCCACUCCCCCUUCUCGAGUGGCUCUCCCCCACUUCCCCCUGUGUGUGAGCCUCCAAGCAGGGAGAUGGAACCCCCUCCUAUGCCCAGUGAGAGGGCCCCAUCAUCAUCACCCCAACCCCAUUCUGUCCUAACCAAACAAAUGCCAAUGCACUUUAGACUCCCUGGGCAUACACCCCCCCCCCCCCCCAACCUCCAACAGGGCAUAUACCUCCCUCCCCCAGCCACCAAGCUACCCCCGCCCCGUUUCUGCUCCCUGCAGGGUCCCCAGAGGGUGCUCAGGGGCCACCAUGUGACUGGGCAUUAUUUUUGCCCUGGCAGUUGAGGUUAAGAAAGUCAAGAAGACGGAGGUGAUGCAAGCGAGGGGUGAUCAUUUGGGGAAAGAGGGGUGGCAGGGGGAGUCCGAAGGUGCCCUGUUGCGACUUUGGAAAUGGAAUGUAGUGAAGAGUGAAGCGAGGCCCAAGUCCAUGGAAUACGCUCCGGGGGGGUGGCACCUUGGAAGUGAAAGCUGCCCUUCAAUACUUCCCCCACCCCAGGCCCAAGGUUUGCAGAGGCUCCAAAUAGCCCACCCUGCUCCAUUGAGGCUCCCUGUGCCGAGGAAAAGGCAACUGUGACCUGCGACUGCCCUUGCCGGCUGGGCCUCCUGUCUCCCACCCUCGGAGCACCUCCUCCCUUUUUAUUUAUUAUAAAUAUAUUUUUUACAAUCUGGGUCCUCCCCCCAACCCCUCUCUCGCUGCUUUCGCCUUGCACCGUCCCUCAGCCUUGCAUGUCCGCCACCUUGUCGUUGCUGUACAGACCCUGACUGUAUAUAGUAUAAAUACGUCACUUGGGGCUGCUGGACUGGAGGGGCAGUGCCCACCAGAGCGUGCGCGGGGACUCCUUCACUACCCUCCUCCCCGCUAACUACCCUCUCUCCCUAGCAGCGGCUGGGUUUUGAUACCGCGGGGUGUGGACGGAAGGGAUUUAAGCUGUUGCGAUCGAGGUUUUUUCUUCUCUUUGUACAUAAAAAUGUAUAUUUGAUGCCUCAUAAAUGCCCAAAUGUCUUUGGCGUGUGCUCA